ACCCCUCAACUUCAAAGAGUUACAAAUCACCCUUAAUCAAAAAGGGUGCAGAAUUUUUUUUGGGCCCUCCCCGCCAUGAGCUCCUACGUAGCCAAUUCAUUCUAUAAGCAGAGCCCCAAUAUCCCUACCUAUAACAUGCAAACUUGUGGGAACUAUGGAUCGGCCUCAGAGGUGCAGGCAUCCAGGUACUGCUACGGCGGAUUGGACUUAAGCAUCACUUUCCCACCGCCUGCGCCUUCCAACUCUCUCCACGGGGUAGACAUGGCUGCCAACCCCCGGGCUCACCCCGACCGCCCCGCCUGCAGCGCCGCGGCCGCUCCGGGACACGCUCUGGGCAGAGAUGAAGCGGCUCCUCUGAACCCCGGGAUGUACAGUCAGAAGGCGGCUCGCCCAGCGCUGGAGGAGCGAGCUAAGAGCAGUGGGGAGAUCAAAGAGGAGCAGGCGCAGACAGGGCAGACCGCCGGACUCAGCCAGCCACCGGCCCCGCCACAGAUUUACCCGUGGAUGACCAAACUGCACAUGAGCCACGAGACGGACGGCAAACGGUCCCGAACCAGUUACACGCGCUACCAGACUCUGGAACUGGAAAAAGAAUUCCACUUUAACCGCUACCUCACUCGCCGCAGGCGCAUAGAGAUCGCCAACAACUUGUGUCUCAACGAGAGACAGAUCAAGAUAUGGUUCCAGAACCGCAGGAUGAAGUGGAAGAAAGAUUCCAAAAUGAAGAGCAAAGAGGCAAUUUAGGGGCCGCGGGGAGGCCCGCAGAGAACACCCCGAGCCCGCUUCGGUCCCCGCGCCUUUCCUUCUUGGCUUUCCUCUGUCUGUAUUUUGGGGCAAGGGCGGGGGCUGGAGCAGCGGCUACCGGGCCUCACAGACAAAAGCGCUUCCCUUUGGCAUUCCGCAUCCCAACCAACCCCGGGUUCUCGCGGGGCUGCCCGCGCUGCCCGGACUCCCCUCUGUUCCGCUCAGCACCGGGGUCCCAGGGCAAGCUCCGCAGGGGUUCCCCAAAGGCCUGUGGAGUCUGGGCUGGUCCUGAACGAAUCUUGGCCUGGGCUGCCUCGCUCUCCGGCUUCCAGUUCUGCCUGACCUGCCCGAGUUCAGAUGGGGCCUGCAGCGCCCUACCCUUCGGCCUCGCCCUCUCCUUUGUUCCCGCUUAGGCUGGUGAGAGAGUGGUUGUGCCUGGCAGAGUCCGGCGCCAGACUCCCGGUGUUCCUUGUAGCGACUAUAAACUCCAUGUUCAUUUUAAAUGAUUUACAUAUGAAAGGGGGAGAUGAGUCUGCCUAGGGCCCCCACGGUUGCCCUAUGCUCUCCAAACCUUCUCCCCCACCCAAAGCCCAGGAACCUUUCCAGCUUGUGCCCUCUGCAUGCCCUCUCAGCUACCCAACCUCAGACCACUAGCUAGCUCAGCUGUUUGGGUUCCCUACCUCUGGACCCCAGCAAAACGUCCCAGAGGCUCCUGGCUGCCCAGUAGUCCCUGCCACGACUUUCUGUGCCCUCCUGUCCCAUCACUGUUGUCCAACUAUUUAUUGACUUCAGGUCUUUCCUGAAACUAUAUUUUGUCAUAUCAAAUAAAGAUAAAGAGAGAACAGGACUAAAAAUGCAGUGGCUCCUCUCUGUUUGGGGCAUGUAUUGGGUAAAAGUGUCUAAAUGGGCUGGAGGGUGUAGGGGGAGGCCCACAGCCUUUCAUCCUCUCUUUUGAAUUCUUAGGAGCUUCUAGAGCUAUUGAGAAGAAGGAGGUGAAAUUGAGCUCCUUUCCUGACUCCUAGCUCCCAGAAAAGCCUGUAAGGGUAGGAAAGGGCACCCAGGCUCUCGGUACUGGCAUUUCCUAUGCUGUGGCUAUCCAAGGCAUUCAAGCCUUUGGGCCCCAUUCUCACCUUGGCUGGGUGGAGCUGAGGCCUCUAGACUGGCAGGGGUGUCACUCCAUGCCAGAGUUGAUCUGCAGGGGCCAGUGGCUCAUCGGGGCUCAGACACAGGCCUUUCUGGGUCUCUGAAGGUCUUUCUCAGGGCUAGGUAGUCCCUGAGAGGCCUUGCUGGACAGAGAAGGCAGGCUGAGCCCUCACCAGUUUGGAUACUUAGAAAGAGUUGGUACUUCUUGGUAAAGGGGUGCUGGAGUGUUGGAGGUGUGUCUCAUCUUUCUAAAACACCAGGUGAGAGGGGAGCAGGGAGGGCAAUUUGCAGUGUGUACCUGCUUGGCAGGAAAUGUUCAGACUGACUCCUGACCUUCUAGGGCCUAAGGCUAUGGCAGGACUGAGAAAGAAGCUGUGUAGACCAGUGCCUGAGUUGCGUCUGUUUGCCAUCAUUUAUCGCAGUCUCUGGGAUUUUGUGUGGAGGGGGAGCUGGGCUAAAGGGAAGGGGAAAAGGCAGAUAAUUCAGGUGGUAUAUUAGACUGGCCUAGUUCCAUGCACUGCUCUGCUCUAGGCUCUUGGGAUGGGAUGGGGGAGGAAGUACUUUAGAGGAGAAACAAAUGUGGGAAGGGUCCAUAAAACUUUACUGCAUUUCCUCUCACCUCCCACAAUGGGGAGAUUUCCUGGAGCCGCACUGGGGUGGAGGGGCGUUCAGGAAUUGGGCUAUGCAUCAGCCAAGAGGGAAAGGGAACAGAGAGGCUCUGAGGAGAAGCAAGGGAAAUAUUUAUGAUUAUUAAUGCUGAUGCUCCUUGGAUUUAUUUUAAGUACUGACUUCUCUGCAUCUCACUGCCUAAGCUACCUGUCUGUCAUUUUUUAAAAGACCCAAGAGCCUUUCCUCACCCCAUGCCUAGCACAAAGGAGGUCUUAACAAAUGUUUGUUGAAUUGCACCCUUCCCUUUCACAUUGCACCCAGGCCUGUUUAGGGUGUCUGUAAUGUCUCUCCUCCACUAGCACACAGCAGUCAGCCCAGCCUCGCCCCUAUG